AUGUUACGAAAAUUUCCUCUAAUUUUUAGAUUCUUUAAUUCAAGAAAAUUGAUUUUUCCUCACGGAUUCGCAAAAUAUAACUAUUUAUCAAAUAAAUUAUUGCAAACUAAUACCUUACAUGUUACAAAAAGAUUUUUGAAUCAAAAUGAGAAAUCAGUUUUUUUACGUGAAUUUAUUGCAAUUCAUAAUAAUACUGGAAUUAAACAUUGUUGGAAGUGUAAUUCAGAGAUAGAUUUUCGAUCUCCUCGUUGUGAUAAUAAAGAAUGUGGUGUUAUUCAAGAACCAUUAUCCGAGGAUCUUAGUUAUUUUGAAGUGUUAAGAGUAAACGAAGACCGAGAUUUUACUCCAACCUUUGAUAUCAAUUUGAAUCGUUUAAGGAGUUCUUUUUUAAAACUUCAACAACGAUUUCAUCCUGACAGUUAUGGAUUUAAGGACUCAUCACUGCUUGAUAAAAACAUUCUUUAG